AUGCGCAUCAGGAUUCGCGGCCCUUCGGGCAUGUCCCAGGUCAACAUGCCAGAGACGGCAACAUGGGGAGAGCUCAAGCACGAGAUAUCCACCAAAACAUCAGUCGCAGAUUUUGAUGUCAAGUACGGCUAUCCACCUCAGAAUCUGGAUACGACAAGCAUCGACAACGAGACCAAGUUAACCGAUGUUGGCAUCAAACUCGAUGGCGAACAACUCAUCAUCUUGCCACGCGAUGUUCAGCAAUCACUACACAACCCUAUGUCUGGCCAUGUCGACCCCAAGAACCACGGUACCCUGCCCUCUCUGAAGAAUAUACAGCCUCCUCAGCACAGCCCUGGUGAUUUCCCUUCUGGUCAGAUGAGUGGGGAGCAAGCCGCGCCACUGUCCCUGCAGCGAAAACCGAACGAUGUGGAAAGCGACCCGCCUGAGGUUCCUGUGCCUGGUCUAGAAGGUGUUCUCGUCCUUCGUGUGAUGCCAGACGACAACAGCUGCAUGUUCAGAGCCUUAGGAAGCGCUGUCUUGGGUGACGCGCUGGACGCCAUGAACGAGACAAUCCAAUCGAAUCCAGAACUUUACACUGCUGGCAUGCUCGAGAAAGCACCCGACGAUUACUGUCGCUGGAUCCAACGCGAAGACUCUUGGGGCGGUGGCAUUGAGCUUGCCAUCCUUUCCCAGCAAUUCGACAUCGAAAUCUGCAGCAUCAACGUCCAGGAUCUACGAAUCGAUCGCUUCAACGAGGGCAAGCCAAGACGUUGCAUUUUGAUUUAUUCUGGAAUUCACUAUGAUGUUGUUGCUGUCUCGCCUGGGCCUGGCACAAGUCCCGAGUUCGAUAGGAAAAUGUUCGAGGUCGCGCAGAUUGAGGGCAUGGAGGGCGAAGAUGGUGGUGCUCUGCAAGCUGCCAGAGAGCUUUGUCAGAUCCUGCAACAGAGACACUACUUUACCGACACUCAUGGCUUCACCAUCAAGUGUAACAUUUGUGGCUGGACAGGCAAGGGAGAGAAGGGUGCUACCGAGCACGCAAAACAGACAGGACAUAUGAAUUUUGGCGAAGCAUAA